AGCGCCCAAGCCAGGCCUCUCGGUAACCAUGGCGACCGCCCGCGCGACCCCGCCUCGUGCCCCCCGGUUGCCAUGGCGACCUCCCCUGCCCUUCAUUCCGCGGAGGCGCGUUGCUCGGCUGGCUCGUCCCUUCGGGGCUCUUCCACAGGGAGAAGGUUAAGUGCCGUGCCAUGCCCCGAGCGAGGCCCCCGUGGGCCUUGCUGCAUAGCCGGCGGUACUGGAGGACGGUGGGGCAGCCGGAGGGCAUCGUAUCGGAGCAGGACACCGACCACCACUUCGUCCACCGCAGCACCAUCCCCACCAUGCACUUCCAGCCCUCCUUGCCCAGACUGCCCAUUCCAAAACUGGAGGAUACAAUCAGGAGAUACUUGGCUGCCCAGAGACCACUGUUGAAUGAUGAACAGUACAGAAAUACUGAAAAGUUGGCCCAAGAAUUUGCAAAUGGAGAGGGCGAAUUCAUACAUCGCGAUCUUCUUGAGCAUGAUAAAAAUAAUAAGCAUACAAGUUAUAUAUCAGCUCCCUGGUUUGAUAUGUAUCUCUCUGCAAGAGAACCAAUUACUUUGAAUUACAACCCUUUUAUUACUCUAAAUCCUGAUCCAAAAUCAGAAUACAACACUCAAGUAGUAAGAGCAACAAAUCUGAUUGUUUCAUCCUUAAAGUUUCUUAACUCUCUGAAGAAUAACUAUUUGAGACCAGAUAUAUAUUAUGUAAACCGCAGAUGGGGUCAAAGCAAGGUUUUCAAAAACUUUAUCCGUAUUCUUCCACCUACUUUAUCCUGGUAUGGAGCAUACAUGGUGAAUGCUUAUCCUCUAGACAUGGUACAGUAUAAGUCACUGUUCAACAGUACCAGAAUUCCUAAUUUAAACAAAGAUACAUUGUUCACAGAUGAAUUUGCAAGACAUUUAUUGGUGAUGAGAAAUGGUCACUUUUAUAUUGUUGAGGUACUGGAUCCUUUUGGUAACAUUCUACACCCAUCUGAAAUCCAGGCUCACCUAAUACAAAUAAUACAUGAUGCUGACCGGUUGCCUGGGUUUGAACUUUCAUACCUCACAACUGAAGAAAGAAACACCUGGGCAACACUUCGGCAGCAACUUGUUCAGACAGGUAAUGAAGAAAAUCUAAAGAAAAUUGACAGUGCGGUCUUUUGCCUUUGUUUAGAUAGCACUUCUCCUGAAAAUGAAACUGAACUUGCACAUUGUUUUCUUCAUGGAAAUGGUUUCAAUCGCUGGUUUGACAAAUCCAUUAGUCUGAUUGUCACUACUGACGGCAUGGCGGGGGUAAAUUUUGAACACUCUUGGGGAGAUGGCAUUGCAGUUCUACGUUUCAUUAAUGAAGUAUAUAGAGACAGCACAGAGCACCCAGCUCUUGUACCAGAAUCAAGUCCUGCCCUUUUCGUUUCAUCAUACGACAAGCUGGAAUUCAAUCUAAAUCGGACAGUAAUGUCUGCUAUAAAUGCUGCACGUACAAAGUUUGCUGAAAAAACGAAACAAUUGUCUAUUAGGUCAUUUAGGUUUGAAAGGUUUGGAAAACAGUUUGCAGUGAAUCAGAACUUGAGCCCAGAUGCCGUGUUUCAACUAGCAUGUCAGAUGGCUGUCUAUCGUCAAUAUGGAAAACUACGUCCUUCCUAUGAAGCAUGCAGUACUGCAGCUUUCAAACAUGGGCGCACAGAGACAAUUCGGCCAACAUCUGUAUACACACAGAAGUGUACAGCUGCAUUUGUUGAUGAACGAGGAAAACAUAGCAUCGAAGAUAUGAGAAACAUGAUUGAUGAAUGUUCAAGGUACCAUAAGCGUUUGCAGCUGGAAGCUACAUUAGGCCAAGGAUUUGAUCGCCAUUUAUUUGCCUUGAAGUACCUUGUCCAGCGCAGAGGUGGACGUAUUCCUGAUAUUUAUAAUGACCCAGCUUAUAAAAAUAUAAACCAUAUUAUUGUUUCCACAAGUACACUAAGUAGUGCAGCAGUUCAUUAUGGUGGGUUUGGACCUGUGGUACCUGAUGGUUUCGGUGUGGGAUAUAAUGUGUUUGACAAUUGGAUAGGAUGUAUUAUAUCUAGCUAUUUAGGGGAAGACUUAGAAAAGCUUUUGAAAUGCCUUGAUCAUACGUUAACUGAUAUAUUUGAUGUCUUAGAAGGAAGAAGACUUAGGCGAUAGUAAGCAUUGCUAUUUUGAACAAAAUAAUGUUUCAAAAUCAACCAGAAUAUUUAAAUAAUGUAUAACUGCUAUGAAAUGUACAAAUGUUAGAAAUUUAACUAAUACUAUAAAACUGUUAAAAGCAAAUAUUCAUAGUAGAUCUGUGUCAGUGAUAAUAUUCCUAUACUUGAGUGUCUUGUUAAUUAUAUAUUAUUUUUCCUUGAUUAUAUAAUAAAUGUGAAUGGCAAGA